AUGGCUCAUCCAUCAGGUCGCACGACCUCAGCAGAUUGGUCUAGCAGUAACUUCAACGACGCGGACCGAACAACGUCUCACGUCCACUCCGCUCGAGCUCACUUAGGUCUUCACCCAACUGCUCCCAUUAUCGAGGAACACGAUACUGCAGAGCAUGCAGGAAAUGUGUGGGUGAAGUUUCGAGCUGUGCUGAAGGAACCGCUGGCUGAGUUCUUUGGUGUACUCAUAAUGGUUUGCUUUGGCGAUGGGAGUGUUGCUCAAGUAUUGUUGAGUCAGGGGCAGAUGACGGCGCCUGGUGGCAACGGCUAUGGCGAUUAUCAAAGCAUCAACUGGGGUUGGGGUUUCGGAGUCAUGCUGGGUAUGUACAUCGCCGGCGACAGCGGAGCCUACCUCAACCCAGCAAUAACCCUAACAAACUGCCUCCUGCGCAAACUCCCCUGGCGGCGCUUCCCAAUCUACUUGCUCGCGCAAUUCCUUGGCGGCUUCAUCGGCAGCGGCAUCGUCUACGCCAACUACAUAAACGGCAUCAACGCUUUCGAAGGAGGUCCAAACCUGCGCACCGUGCCCCCAGCGCCCAAAGCCACUGGCGCCAUCUUCUGCACAUACCCGCAAGACGACCUGACGAAAGCGAGCCAGUUCUUCAGCGAGUUCAUCGCGAGUGCGAUCCUGAUGUUUGUGAUCUUUGCGUUGAAGGAUAUUGGGAACAAGGGGCAGUUUUCGGCCAGUGGGAGUUGGUUUCCGCUGGCGUUGUUCUUUUUGAUUUUUGGACUCGGGGCGUGUUUUGGGUGGAAUACGGGGUAUGCGAUCAACCUCGCUCGAGAUCUCGGCCCACGGCUCAUGUCCUAUGCUGUUGGAUACCGAGGUGUCUGGAGUGCUGGCGGCUACUACUUCUGGAUACCUAUGGUGGCGCCUUUCUGUGGAUGCUUGUUCGGUGGCGUCCUAUACGAUCUAGCCAUAUUCACCGGACCCAGUCCGAUCAACGCGCCAUGGUUCGGUUUGAAAGAGCUUACGAAGCCUCGGCAUGCGAUCGAAGACCGGAAGGAGAUACAGCAGAGAGAUGGUCUUGUGUGA